CUCUCUGCAGCACAGAUGAAAAUAGCAAGUUCCCUAGACUUCCCUCUGUUCAACAUCCUUGUCUGCAUCGUCUUGGGCCAGCUGCUCUCCCCUUGCUCAGCUCAGUUUUCUGUGAUUGGACCCUCUGGGCCCAUCGUGGCCAGGGUGGGCGAAGACGCUGAUCUGCCUUGUCAUCUGUCCCCAAAGAUGAGCGCGGAGACCAUGGAGCUGAUGUGGGUGAGAUCCAGACUUGGGCAGGUAGUAUAUGAGUAUGCAAAUGGGAAGGAGGUAGAAAACAAACAAAUGGCAGAGUAUCGAGGGAGAACUUCGAUCUUAAGAGAUGGCAUCACUGAAGGGAAGGCUACACUCCGAAUUUAUGAUGUCAGAGCCUCUGACGGUGGAAGCUACCUGUGUUAUUUCCAAGAUGACAACUUCUAUGAAAAAGCCACGGUGGAGCUGAAGGUUGCAGCACUGGGUUCUGACUUUCGUAUUGAAAUGAAGGGUUAUGAGGAAGGAGGGAUCCAUCUGGAGUGCAUAUCCACCGGCUGGUAUCCCCGACCUGAAAUACAGUGGAUAGAUGCCAAGGGAGAAGACAUGCCAGCUGUGUCAGCACUUUUGGAGCUGGAUGGAGCGGGUCUGUAUGCAGUAGGAGCAUCUGUGAUCGUGAAAGGCAACUCCGGGGAAGGGGUAUCCUGUGUCAUCAGAAAUCUCCUCCUCUACCAGGAAAAGUCAGCCAGGAUUUCCAUUGCAGAGCCCUUCUUCUGGAGAGCCCAGCCCUGGAUCUCCACACUGGCAGGGACCCUGCCAGUUCUGCUGCUGCUUCUCGCAGGGGCUGGUUACUUCAUGUGGCGACAGCAGAAGGAGAAAGAGAGAGAGCGAGCAGCAAAGAAGCAGGAACAAACGGCAAAAGAGUACCUCCAGCUUGUACUGCGCGGAGAGAAGUCUCAAGACUAUGCUGAGUGGAAGAUGGCCCUCUUCCAAGCUGCGGAUGUGAUCCUGGAUCCGGAGACAGCACACUGCAUCCUCCAUAUAUCUGAGGACCAGAGGAGCCUGAACCUGGGCAAAAUACCACAGAAUGUUCCAGAGAAUCCUAAGAGAUUUGAUUUGUAUAACUUUGUGCUUAGCUGCACGAGCUUCACAUCAGGGAGACAUUUUUGGGAGGUAGAGGUGGGAGACAGGAAUAACUGGUAUGUCGGGGUAUGUAGGGAGGACGUGGAGAGGAAAGAUCCGGUUUAUAUAUCACCUGAGAAUGGAUUCUGGAUUAUGAGGCUGUGUAAUGGGAAUGAUUAUCGGGCUUUCAGCUAUCCCCGGACCAACCUGACAAUUAGAAACCCUCCUCAAAAAAUGAGAGUUAUCCUGGACUAUGAGACUGGUGAGGUCUCAUUCUACAAUGUCACGGAUGGAUCUUAUAUCUACACCUUCCCGUACACCGUCUUUUCCGGGCCUCUGUGGCCUAUUUUCGGUGUUCUGAAAUGGGAUCCCACUGCCUUGACAAUUUGCCCAGCACUGACCUGAGUGCGGAGUUCCCUUGUUACUGACCUAGGUCUAACCUUUCUCUGGAGACCCCAGUGACCCCAAGCUCUGCUGAUGGGAAUGGGGGCCCUCAGGCUGAAGUAACAUCCAUGCUUCCCCCUGCCCGGCCUGGAGUUGAGGGCCUCUUCCUUAACAGCAACACAUUACAACAAUAAAAUGCUUACCAAAUG